AUGGUGGGUGAUGGGGGUGGAGAGGGGGUGCAGGGUGUCCUAGAUUUUUGCCAGGAAUUCAGUUCUCACCAUCAGAAACAAUGGGUGGAAUACAACAAGCUCUUCUUCUCUCCUUUAUCCUUUCUUCUGUUCUUCAAAUCACACUUUGUGAAAAUGUAUUUCUUGACAGAGACUUGGCUUCUCAAGUUUUCGUCCGUGCGAGGAGAGCGAACUCUUUCCUGGAGGAAGUGAAACCAGGGGACCUGGAGCGAGAAUGCUUGGAGGAGAUCUGUGACAAAGAGGAAGCUCGUGAAGUUUUUGAGCAGACCGAACCCACGACCAGAUUUUGGAACAAAUAUGUGGAUUGUAAAGGAACUGGUUUGCCAAGAGACGUUAAAGGUUUACAGACAUUGCGGACAUGUUUGGAUGGGAAUUGUUCAUCUGGCAUUGGUGUGAACUAUCAGGGUGACCGCUCUGUGACUGUAUCAGGGAGGCUGUGUCAGUACUGGACCAGCAAAUUCCCACACAGAAUCACGGAAUUCAACGUUACACUUGACCCAACCCUGAUACAGAACUACUGUCGGAACCCAGACAACAGCCCUACGGGGCCCUGGUGUUUCACCCGGGAUGCCACCGUCCGGAGAGAACCCUGCGCUGUCCCAAUAUGUGGUCAGCCUUUUGUGCCUCCUCCAGUACCUCCUACCAUUGAUGCGAAAGCCACAUACACAAAGAAGGAUUGCUUGGCCAACAAUGGCAUGGACUAUACAGGAGAUCUCUCUGUCACCAUGAGAGGCUUCAAGUGUUUACCCUGGAAGUCCCCUACAGCAGUGCUUCUCAGUGCUGGGAAAGAGUUCCUUCCAGAAGUCGAACUUGUGGAGAACCACUGCCGAAACCCGGACGGGGACUUAGAAGGGCCCUGGUGCUUUGUGGACAAGCCCAACAUCACCAUGGACUACUGUGAUCUGGAGUUGUGUGAUGAACCGAUUGAUGAUUACGACGCGACACGAGAAAGGGCGGUGGGCCCAGGUCCGAAAAAGGCAUUUUUCAGCCCCAGAUCCUUUGGCAAAGGAGAACUGGUGUGCGGAGAGCGACCCAAGUUUGAGAGGGAGAAUAAACAGGACUCGACCGAGGAGGAGCUGCUGGAGUCUUACCGGGCAGGUCGAAUCGUGAAAGGCAAAGAGGCCGAAGUAGGGAGCGCGCCAUGGCAGGUGAUGCUGUACAAGAAGAGCCCGCAGGAGCUGCUGUGUGGAGCCAGCCUCAUCAGCGAUGAGUGGAUCCUCACCGCCGCGCACUGCAUCCUCUACCCGCCCUGGGGCAAGAACUUCACCAUCAACGACAUCAUCGUUCGGCUCGGCAAGCACCAACGUGCCAGAUUCGAAAGGAACACAGAGAUAAUUGUGGCCAUCGAUGACAUCAUCGUCCAUCCGAAAUACAACUGGAAGGAGAACCUGGAUCGGGAUAUUGCUCUCCUGCACAUGAGGAGACCGGUGACCUUCACCGAUGUGGUCCACCCCAUCUGUCUGCCAACUAAGAAAAUCGCAAAGACCUUGAUGUUUGCGGGAUACAAGGGACGUGUCACGGGCUGGGGGAACCUCUACGAGACGUGGUCCUCCUCCCCCCACUCCCUGCCCACCGUCCUGCAGCAGAUCCACCUGCCCAUCGUGGACCAGUCCACCUGCCGCGACUCCACUGCCAUUCGGGUCACCGACAACAUGUUCUGCGCAGGGUUCAAGCCUGAUGACCCGCAAAGCGGUGACGCGUGUGAAGGAGACAGUGGGGGUCCUUUUGUCAUGAAGAGUCCAGAAGAUAACCGCUGGUACCAGGUUGGUAUCGUGUCUUGGGGAGAAGGCUGUGACAGGGAUGGAAAAUAUGGAUUUUACACCCACUUGUUCCGUAUGAGGAGGUGGAUGAGGAAGGUCAUUGAAAAAGCAGAUGAAGGAGAUGACUGAUGAGCACUAUGCUUCAUACGUAUUCCCUCAAGAAGAUCAAAAAUUAAAGCACACAUUGGUUAAGAGUUAAUGUGGUUUCCUGUUGCACUUAUUUUUGUAAAUGAAACUGCUUUCUAAUGAUUUAAAACCAUUAAUAAUUCUAUUAAAAAUAGAAGAAACCA